AUGCGCACGACCGGUUCAUCCAUUAUCAUCGCCGCCAUUUUGUCUACUGUGGCACGGGCAACAGAAUUCCAGGUUACUGUUGGCGGACCAGGAGUGUUGCGAUUCAACCCCGAGUAUGUAAAUGCCACCUCCGGUGAUACUGUCGUAUUUUCUUUCAGACAGGAGAAUCAUACGGUUACGCAGUCCUCCCUCGACAGCCCAUGCCAGAUUGCUGACGGUGGCUUUGAUUCUAACUUCGUCCCUGUAGCAGCAAACAACACUGAUGGCCCCUUCCCGGCCGCUCAGUAUACGGUUACGGACGGCAGCCCGGUCUGGAUAUUUUGUCGCCAGGCGAACCACUGCCAGCAAGGGAUGGUGUUUGCAAUCAACCCCGGCGACAAUUUCACCAUGUUCAAAGCAAAUCUUUUCGGAAACAGCACAGCUAACUCCUCGAUGCCUGCUACCAUAUCAUCUACGAGCACAGCCACAGCAUCUACCACCGACCCUGUCUCCUCGUCUACCUUGGUGUCAUCCUCCAUCGUGACUACCGCUCCCGGCUCCGCUUCAGCUCACAUCGUGGUUGUGGGCGCUGACGGAAAGUUAGCCUACGAACCCUCGAAUAUCACUGCGGCCGUCGGGGACGUCGUCACCUUUUUGUUCAUGCACGCAAACCACACGGCCACGCAGAGCAGUUUCUCGGAUCCUUGCAAGAGUUUGACGAAGACCAGUACGUCAGGACAGGUUGGAUUUGACUCCGGAUUCAUGCCCGUCGCCAACGGCACCUCAAACUACCCCACUUUCACUGUUGAGGUCAAUAACACUGAUCCAGUCUGGGUAUACUGCAAGCAGACGAAUCCACAAGACCACUGUGCAGCGGGCAUGGUGUUCUCCAUGAACGCUGUCGCAUGUGGUCUAGAGGACUAUUCAGCUUUCGUCGAUGCUGCAAAGCAGAGCAAUGCUACGUCGGGGACCUCGCAUUCCGGUGGCAGCCGCUCUACCACGUCCAACCGCAAUGCAGGCGUUGCGUUCACGCUCUUUGCUCUUAUGAUCGGACUUGCCUUGUAG